GGACCAGAGACAGCCUGAGCACGGAGCACCUUCUCCCCGGCCCCCGGGAACCGUGGGUUCGGAUCCGGACCCCACCCGCACCCCCCGCCAUGCACGGCCUCGGGCUCCUGCUGCUUGCUGCGCUGUGGCUACAGGAGGCCGCCCCCAGGGCCACCCUGCCCCACGUGGAGCAGUACGAGGUGGUGAGGCCCCGGCGCCUGCCAGCACCCCGCACCCGCCGAGCCCUGCCCUCCCACUUGGUAAGCCUGGGCAGGAGGCUGGCCUGGGGGUCCCUCCCUGGCCCCUCAGAGCCCGUUUCUGUCUGUGAGCAGGGUGAUAGCUCCCCGUGUGCCCAGCAAGUUGUGAGGGGCCGCCUUUGGGGCUGA